UAUAGGGUAAAAUUUUCUUAAAAUUAAAAUCAAUAACCAAGGGCUCCGAUUUCAAAAAAUUCACGAUACAAUAAUCAUUCAAUCUCCGAUUUUCGUUUCUCUAUACAAAUACAAAAUUCACAAACCCUAGAAAAAUCGAAAAUGCAUCGCAAAUCAUUCCAAAUCCUUGUUCAAUCACCGGACCUACAAAUUCACCCUAAAUCCGUCACCGGCGACGAAACCCUCUCCGAUCUAAAACACUCUAUCUUCCCCAAUUCACAAUCAUCCUUCUACUUCACCCUCAACGGAAAACCUCUCUCCGAUGACACCAAUUUCUCCACCUCCCGAAUCGCACCUCUUUCAACCCUAGUCCUUCAAUCACGCCUCCGUGGUGGCGGUGGAGAUGGAGGCUCUACAUGUGCCGAGUCACGUGACUGUUACCUCAAGAUGUACGCGGAGAAGAAACCCGAUAAGGUUGAUCCAAACGAGCAGAGGCUAUCGAAAUGGCAGAACUGUGCGUUAUCGAAUGAGCCUUUACGUGAACCGUGUGUGAUUGAUAAGCUUGGGAAUAUUUUCAAUAAGGAAUCAUUGGUGGAAGCGUUGUUGGGGAAGAAGCUGCCGAAAGAGUUUGGGUAUAUUAAGGGUUUGAAGGAUAUGAUUAAAAUUAAGCUUGAAUCUGUUCCUGGUGAGGAUGAUGGUGCUAAGUUUCGGUGUCCCGUUGCGGGGCUUGAGUUUAAUGGAAAGUAUAAGUUUUUCGCUCUUAGGAAUUGUGGGCAUGUUUUGAGUGCUAAGGCUUUGAAAGAAGUUAAAUCUUCGGCGUGUUUGGUUUGUCAUGAGGAAUUUGGUGAGGGGGAUAAGAUUGUGAUUAAUGGGAAUGAAGAAGAGGUUGAGGUUUUGAGGGAGAGGAUGGAGGAGGAGAAGGCUAAGGUUAGGGAGAAAAAAACCAAGAAGGUUAAGAAUAAUGAUAGUGAGGCUGUCGAUGGUUUGAGUUUGGAAGCGUCAAAGUUGACUGGUACUAAGCAUGGUUUGAAUGUGGAGAAGGCUUCGGCUAAGGUGGAUAAGAAUGGGAAGGUUGCUAAUGGUAACAAAGGUGUUAAUGGUGGUGCUGCUGCUGCUAAGCGUUUCAAGGCGACUGAUAUUGCCCCGGCAAAUGCAACCGAGGUCUAUGCUUCCAUCUUUACUUCUUCUAGAAAGUCUGAAUUUAAAGAAACAUAUUCUUGCAGGUCUCUGCCUCUUGGUAGAAAUUAACUUGUAUUUUGUAUUCAAGUUUGUACUUUAUAUUCAUGUUAAAUGUACUCAAUUACAAUUUGUUGUGUUCACUGUUCAGUUAUCGAGCAA